AUUACAUGAUGCACAAGCCCGAAAAUAGCUACCGAAGUGAUUAAUACUGUAACAGGUGAGUAGCCUGACUACAGCCACUAGAUAUUACCAAAUACUUGUAAUGGAACCGGAAGAAGCGAGCAUAAAUGAAUCGAUCGCUUUAAACAAGCCAUUCACAGAAAUAUCGGAUAAUGAAACCGCGCUGAAAACGAGAGAUGUCUGUCCGCUUAUAUCUAUCGAGAUUGUCAUGUUUGAGACAUUUCGUCCAUACUUCAAGAAAACUACAAUUUCCAAUACAUGUCAAAAUGCCUUCUUUGUCCCCAACCAUGUCUGAGGGCUCAAUCGUCAACUGGGUUAAGAAUGAAGGAGAGCAGGUAGCUGCUGGAGAUAUCCUCUGCGAAGUUCAGACGGACAAAGCCGUUAUUGCAUUUGAAUCAGAGGAGGAAGGUGUACUUGCCAAAAUAUUGGCACCUACUGGCUCAUCGAAUAUCAAAGUCGGUGGUUUGAUUGCUGUGUUAGCCACUCCAGACGAGCAUUGGCAAGAGGUGGCUACUUCCGCCGUAUUGCUAUCACAGCCAUCGAAAGCCGACAGUACUCCAAAACAGUCAGAAAAAAACCGCACCAUCCAGGAACCACAGUCAUACCGCUUUUGUUCAAUGGGACCUGCGGUUCGUCUUCUGUUACAAUCACACGAUAUCGAUGGAUCUCAAAUAAUUUCUACAGGACCACAUGGUCAGUUGCUCAAAGGGGAUGUUUUGGCUUACAUAGCUAACAACCAGAUUAAACCUGUUGUAUCUGAUCAGGAGAAGCCAAUUAAUGAUAUCCCUGUUAUGCAAACUGUCUCGUCAGUAGCCACUUUCACAGAUAUCACGUCAUUGAAUAUGGGGAAUGCUUUUGCCCAACGUUUGUCGGAAUCAAAAUUGUCUGUCCCACAUCAAUAUAUUCGUGCAACUACUCGCAUUAAUCGUCUAAAUGAAUUAAGAACUGAACUGAAAGUGGAUUCGGAUGUGGAUUUUUCUAUAAAUGAUUUCAUCAUCAAAGCUUGUGCUUUAGGCUUAAGGACGCCAAACAGUAUGAAUUACCUUCAAACAUGUAGUUUCAUUCAUUGA